UAACGGUAACACAGCUCAGCAACUCCAGCCUCAGUCUGCAAUCAUCCCAGCUUUAAUACCUACCACACAAAGGCACCAUGAGUAUGAGGAGCAAGAAUCGCACUGGGACAAGCCCUAAUUAUGUGAGGGACUUCAGCAGCAUGUCCUUGGGCUCCAGAAAUGGCCCCAGGACCAGCAGCAGUGGCUUCUACAUGGGAGGCUCCAUCACGGCAGUGACCAUCAACAAGAGCCUGCUGGCACCCAUCAACCUGGAUAUCGACCCCAAAAUCCAGGCUGUCCGCACCAAUGAGACAAACCAGAUCAAGGGUCUCAACAACCGCUUUGCCACUUUUAUCGAUAAGGUGCGACACCUGGAGCAGCAGAACAAGAUGCUGGAGACCAAGUGGAAGCUGAUGCAGGACCAGACAACUGGUCCCUCCGACAUUGAGCCCAUGUUCCAGGCCUACAUCAACAACCUGCAGAAACAGCUGGACCAGAUCAACAAUGACAAGGACAGGUUGGACAUGGAGAACAGGAACAUGCACCAUAAUGUGGAGGACUUUAAAUCAAAGUAUGAAGAUGAGAUCAGCAAGAGGAACACAGCAGAGAAGGACUUUGUCCUGCUGAAAAAGGAUAUGGACGCUGGUUACCUGUCCACGGUGGAUCUGGAGAACAUGGUGGCUGGGCUGGGAGAUGAGGUCAACUUCCUGAAGGCCUUGUACGAUCAGGAGCUGGGUGAGCUGCAGUCUGACGUGAAGGACACCUCUGUUGUGGUUCAGAUGGACAACUCCCGGGGCCUGGACAUGAACCAGAUCAUGGCUGACGUCAAGGCCCAGUAUGAAGACAUCGCUGCUCGCAGUCGGGAGCAGGCCGAGAGCUGGUACAAGACCAAGGUUGACAGUUUGGCCGGUCAGGCUGGCCAGGCUGCAGAGGAGCUGUGCAACACCAAGGCUGAGAUCGCCGAGCUGAACCGAUUGAUCAGCCGCCUGCAGAACGAGAUCCUGGCUGUCAAGGGACAGAAGGCCAACCUGGAGAGCCAGAUAGCCGAGGCAGAGGACCAUGGGGAGAUGGCCGUAAAGGACGCCAGGGCUCUAAUCAGGGACCUGGAGGUAGCUAUGCAGAGAGCCAAGCAGGACAUGGCCUGCCAGAUCAGGGAGUACCAGGACCUGAUGAACGUCAAGCUGGCCUUGGACAUCGAGAUUUCCACCUACAGGAAACUGCUGGAGGGAGAGGAGACCAACUUUGGACAACAAUCUAUCACCAACAUUUCUACCACAAAGCCUUGUUACACCAUGCCGGAGACCAGCUACCAGCAGCCCACCCGGUCUUCUGCUGUCUUUAUCAAGAGGGUGGAAACCACCGACUCCUCCAGAUCAUACCACUGAAAAACAUGGUUCUGAGACACAACAUGACCCAGAGCUACAUCUGUAACACUUUACUUGAAGUAGCUUGUUAAGUAAUUUUAUGAAGGGGCUACAGUUUUCAUAACAAUCUAUGGCAGUCAUAACAUAUUCAUAGCAGCCCAUAGAUGCAGUCAUAGAGCAUUAUGAGACUGUAGUGCCCCUUGGCUGUGAUAUAUACCAUACUAUGAAUCUUUAUAAGACAAUACGACUUCAUAAGAAUUUGCAUCAAGUAAAGUGUUACUGUUAUUUAUAAACUGGGUGGUUCGAGCCCUGAAUGCUGAUUGGCUGACAGCUGUGGUAUA